UGUCAGAAACUCUCAUGGACCAGGAUUCUACAAAGCUGCAAGGAGAGGUGGAGCGACUAGCAGCUGAGCUGCAGGAGGCAAUCCAAGAGAAUGUCCAGGCAGCCCAGUAUGGGCUAGCUGUGCUGGAGGAGAAUGAGGAUCUCAAGCAACGCUGUGGAGAUCUGGAAGGUCAACUAGAGGUCCUACGCGUAGAAUUGGCCUGCAUGAAGGAGGCUUUGACAGAAUCUCAUAGCAGCCAUAAACGAGCAGCAGCUGAUGGGGAGAACCGGGAAGAGUCUCUACUCAGGGAAUCGGCUUCCAAAGAAGCCCAUCUGACUCAAACCAUUGAGGAGCUCCAAAGUGAAGUGAAAUUCCUGAAAUCCCAGCUUGACAAUACAGGGGUGGAAAGUGAACGGCUCAGCGUAGCUCUGCGAGACUUAAGGAAGGAGUGCCAGAAUCUGGAGUCUGAAAAAAACCAAUUGCGUGAGGAGAUGAAACAAGCUAAGUCACGGGAACUUCGGCAGUUGCAGGAUUGUGGAGAGCUUGAGGAAGAAAAUAUCUCCCUGCAGAAACAGGUCUCCAUCCUCCGGGGAAAUCAGGUAGCAGAAAAAGAAAAAGCUUCACUAGCUUCAGAUCUGCAAGAUCUCAAGAAACAGCUGACCAGGACUAAGGAGAUCUUGGCCCAACAGCAGCUGUGCAGCAGCCGUCAAGUAGAUCAGCUUCCAGCCGCAGAGGCUAAGCCUAGCGCUAAUAACGGUGGGGAUAGCCUGUCGCCCAAUAAUAGGGAAUGCUACCGUGAGGAGCUGGACAGGGCCCAGCGGUCAAUCCGGCAGGAGAGAGAGGCCGCCGCCCACUUAGAAGCUGAGUUGAGAGUUGCUAGGCGGAUUACCAGAGAGUGUCAGUCGCGGCUGGCUGAGACUCAGGAGGAGCUCCUUAUUUUUUCGGAGGAGAUGGCAGCUCUCUACCAUCACAUCUGUGCCUGCCACAACAUAACCCCCCACCGUGUAGUAUUGGACUAUUACAGGGAGGGUCGUGGUGUUAAAAGUGCGCGCAGGAGGCAUUCCUCCAGGAAACAUACCUUCACAGAAAUAGAGGCAACUAGCAGUGGAGACAGAUCGCCAUCCAGUAGCCCUGGCUCCCCAUGCGGCUUGGAGCCUCUUUAUGUCACUAAUCUGACCGAGAUCUUGAGAGAACAGCUGGGGCAUCUGGAGGUGGCCCUGUCCAUCGCACAUCAGCAGAGCCCAAUGGGGCACAGAGCUGAAUUGGAGCGGGAUAAAGAAGUCCUGGUAGAAGAGGUGCUGAAACUGAAGUCCAUGCUGAGCACAAAGCGUGAACAGGUUGCUACACUGCGCACGGUGCUUAAGGCCAACAAGCAGACAGCAGAGGCAGCCCUCUCAAAUCUCAAAGGACAGUUCGAAGGUGAAAAGGUGCUGGUAUCAGAGACCAUGAUCAAGUUGCGUCACGAGCUCAAGAUCUUGAAGGAGGAUGCUGCUACUUUUUCUUCCCUACGUGCCAUGUUUGCUAGCAGGUGUGACCAGUAUGUGAGCCAACUAGAUGAGAUGCAACGGCAACUGGAAGCUGCAGAAGAUGAAAAGAAGACGCUAAACUCCUUGUUGCGCAUGGCGAUCCAGCAGAAACUGGCGCUCACACAUCGACUGGAGGCUCUUGAAAACCCAGCGGAGUUGCGGGGCAAUAGGAGGAUACUCAGAGCAGCCAAGAGUAGUGCGAGAUGAGAUUAAUGGGAUUCGGUACAGGAUUUCUUGGUUAUUCGGGAUGCUCUGUGGAUGACAGGACUGCAAUUCUCUUGAGUAACCAAAAACACUCAGUACCUGCAACCCGCAGCCACUCAAGAAGGAAACUGGAUAAGGAGACUCUAGCCCGAACACGUGUCUUUAUCCCGCCGCCACCUCCUCCUUUUCCUUAUUGCCUUAAGAAUUCCCAAAGAUACACUUUCUCUCUAAAUAUUUCUCUGGAACUGUUUUGUCAAGCACCUGUAAUACCUUUUUAAAGGUCUAUUCCAAUAACAGUGAUGUCAGCCUUGAAUAAGGCUACACGCUUAAUGUUAAUUGAUUGAAAGAAAUUAUGCAAGGAUUGCCUUUUUCACUACUCUAUAUUUCCUUUCCCCUCCCCUCAUUGACCCACCAUUUAUUCUGCUUAUCUGUUUGUCACAGGUUUUACAGGUAAUUUGAAACAGGUGCGCAACUAAUGGAUCAAUGCACAUGUAACAAUGAGAUGUGUUGUCAGAUGAAGAUUGCUAGAAGCAAUUUUGCAGCUUGGAGCUAGGCAAGCCCCUGGUUUCCCUUAAAUAGAUGAUGUCCCCUGGUUUCUAAUCUCUUUUUAACUGCAAUCCAGGAAAUAAAUCUAUGCUUCAAAACAUUGCAUAACCUAAGGAAUAUCAAAACACUUUGUAGUUCUAAAUAGACACAUUUAUUUAACAUGCCAAAAAAAAAGAUUAUCCUUUACAGUUGCAUCCUAUUACCUGAUCUUUGACAUUUUUGUGCCUUUUCAUCACUUGUUAAUUCUAUUCUUAUUUGCAUUGUUCCAAAAACACCUACCCCAUCUUUGAUUGUUCCAUAAUAUUCCCUCCCUCCCAUUUUUUACAGACAUAAUGUACGGUACUUAAAGGAGAAGAGUGUUACUGAAAUGAAUGGAGGUCUAUAUUUACUGAAAUAUUUUCUGUUAGUUUUUUCCUGAUCACAAUGAGCCAGAAAUAAUGUUAUUUAUAUUUUGCAAUAUCUGAAUGUCAGAAAAUGUCUCAGUAAAAUUGUUCAUUUGGGAAAGUAAUAUACAGUAGAAUGGUCAAUCUCUAGUUUCCUGGCCAGUUUUCUCUGUGCUAGGAAGAAGAUGCUUAUAAUUCCCCCUUCCCCCUUUGGCCUGGAUGCAAUUGUUUUUGAAAGCUAUUUCAAAGAUAUUGUGCCAGGCACCGGAAGAAGGGCAGAGAAAGAUAUUUGAGGCUUUGUUUAAUUAUAUUGCCAGACAGAACAGUAUUGUGUAUGGUUGGCUGGUGCCCCCUUCCGGUGAAAAUUGAUGGGUUUUGAUUGAUGGGUCUUGACUAUACACUUGAUAACAAACAUUGGUUUUAUUGUUAAAUAAUAGUGUGUGAAAUUUUCCUUCCCUUCUUAACUGAAUGCUAUCUGUGGGAAUUUGAUAAAAGAAAGGGAGCUAAAAAUAAAAAAAUAAACACCAUGUCUUUGAAUAAAAAAAAAAGAAUGUUAAUAUAUAAAGCUUCUUUUGUGUUUCUCAAUAGAAAGUCCCUGUAGACUAGUGUGUCUUCAUCCCAUAAUAUGCAAUAAUAAAAGUAUGUAUUUUUAAA